AUGGGUGCUAAAUCGGGCACUGCCCUCAAGUUCCUUCAAUGGUUCAUCCGUGGUGUCCAAUUCGCCUGCGCAGCUCUCAUCCUCGCCAUCUACUCGUACUUCCUAGCAACCCUACAUAACCACAAUCUCAAAAUCAGCGACACCAUCCGUGCUGUCGAGGGUAUUUCUGGAGUUGCCGUUCUCUAUACCGCCGCCGCUCUGCUCCUCCUGUGCUGCCUUGCCGGUCGUACUCUCUCAUCUUUCCUGGCUAUUAUUCUGGAUAUCGCCUUUAUCGGCGCUUUCAUCUACGUUGCUGUCGCCAACAAGGGUGGUGCCAGCAGCUGCACUGGAUAUCUCGACACUCCUUUUGGACGAGGAAAGGCUGCCAAUACUGCCGAGGGAAGUGAUGGCUUCACUGCCUUGCCGAGCUACCGUACCGCUUGCAAGCUACAGUCUGCUUGUCUAGCUGUCGCCAUCGUUGCCAUUAUCUUCUUCAUCUUGUCUAUUCUUACAGAGGUUGCCCUUGCCCGCCACCACCGCAAGGAGAAGCGCUUUGGCCCUAGUCCCGCCAACGACUACACCUCCGGCUACGGCGCCAAGGGUGGUUUCCUGGGUCGCCUUUUCCGUCGCCGCAAGACUGCUGCCGCCGGAGAAGGUCAUGAUCUGCCCGAACACACUCACCCUGAUCAGCUCGACACCUACCGCCAGAGUCAUGCAACUGACCGCACUGCUGUCAACAACUUCCCCGAUAACACCAACGCCUACAACAAGUAUGACAACGGUUUCAGCCAUCAGGACGAUACUCACGGACGUCAGGAUGGCUACGGCCAGAUUCACUAUCCCGAGCCUGAGUAUGGUGUCACUCACCCGCCUGCUCGCCAGGCUGAGAACCCAAACUACCGAUAUGAAGAUGGUGUCUACGACCGGGCUUAA